AUGUCGACACUAAAAGAAAGGAAGGAAGCCUUUGUCACUGGACUUAAUGGGGGACCAAUUCCUGAGAUCAAUAUUGUUACUUCUGUAGCGUUAACUGGAUACUUCUGUUGGAAUCUGAUUCAAAGCACAGGUAGGACGAUUGAUCUGAAUAUUGUACUUGAUUUUGCACUAAAUUGGAUUCCACUAUUAUUAUCCCUUACGACUUAUUCGAAUGAUAUUGGUCUUUUAACUUUGUUAAUGGUUGUCCCAUGUAGCAUUGUCUUUGUCGUUAACAAACUUCCCAGACUCACCUCGAAUCAGAAGGGAAAGCCAAAUAAAAUCCCAAAAUCAAGCGAAGAUGUGUUUAAACUGGUAAAGCAACCAUAUAUAACGGCUUAUCGUGGUGGGAUGCUUGUUGUUACUGCAAUUGCUAUUCUUGCAGUUGAUUUUCCUAUAUUUCCACGUCGUUUUGCAAAAGUUGAAACCUGGGGUACUUCUCUGAUGGAUUUAGGUGUCGGUUCAUUUGUGUUUAGCAAUGGUAUUGUUUCCUCUCGAGCAUUAUUGAAAAAUACGAAGAAGAAGCAGAGGUUAUUAACGCGUGUAUAUGAAGGAUUUAGAGGUGGAGCUACUUUGUUAAUUAUUGGUUUAUUAAGACUGUACUUCGUCAAGAACUUAGAAUAUCAGGAACACGUUACAGAAUAUGGUGUACAUUGGAAUUUCUUCAUAACCUUGGCGUUACUUCCUCCAGUAUUAGUAUUUAUCGAUCCCUUGACGGAGUGGAUUCCUCGUUGUUGCAUAGCAAUAUCAAUUUCCAUAUUUUAUGAAUGGGUUUUGUUAAAGAAUGAUGAUGCUUUAACAUUUUUAGUCUUGGCACCAAGAAAUAGUUUUUUUAGUGCAAACAGAGAGGGUAUUGUCUCGUUUUUAGGCUAUUGUUCCAUCUUUUUAUGGGGACAAAAUGCCGGAUUCUAUCUUUUAGGAAACCUUCCAACUCUAAACAAUUUUUACAAGCCAUCAACUACGACGAUAAAACAACUUCAAGGUAAGAAGAAAUUAAAGCCAUGGGACAGAUUAACCACUGUGUCACCACUAGGAGGUUUACUUUCCUGGACGUUCAUAUUCAUGGUGGUGACUCAACUUGUGUUUGCUUACCAUCCCUAUGAUGUUUCUAGAAGAUUUGCAAAUCUUCCCUAUGUUUUAUGGGUUGUCACUUACAAUUUGGGGUUCUUAUCAUUUUAUUGUGGUAUGGAUAAACUUUUUGGUAACAACAACGAAAACCACAACGUGCCAAUUACAUUAGAAGCAAUGAACAGUAAUGGAUUAAUUCUGUUUUUGCUUGCUAACGUUACGACCGGAUUGGUGAACAUGAACAUUGUUACAAUUGACUCGUCAGAUUUGGAGUCAACCCUAGUGCUUCUAGGAUAUUGCACUUUUCUAUGCAUAAUAUCGGUUGUUUUAUUUAGGAAUAAAAUAUUUAUAAAACUUUAA